AUGAGCCAUUUUGGAGGUGGACACCGAAUAGGAGAGAACACUGAUCGAUUAACACAUACGUAUUGUCCACCUCAGAUUACUGAAAUGGCUUUUCUGAAUAACUUUUGGCGGCGUCAAAUAGUCAUUGGCUGGCCACAAAUAAUGCAUACCAAAUUUGAAGAUGAAAAGGGCUUUAUAGAGGAUUGGAAGGAAAACCACUGCAGAAGAAUAAAAAUCCUAGGGGACUGUUACUACUGUGUAUCAGGAUUGACCCAGCCCAAAACAGAUCAUGCCCAUUGCUGUGUUGAAAUGGGACUGGAUAUGAUUGACACCAUCACAUCUGUUGCAGAAGCCACAGAGGUUGAUCUCAACAUGAGAGUUGGAUUGCAUACAGGCAGGGUGCUUUGUGGGGUCCUGGGUCUCCGAAAAUGGCAAUAUGAUGUCUGGUCAAAUGAUGUGACUUUAGCUAAUGUAAUGGAAGCUGGAGGACUGCCUGGGAAAGUUCACAUUACAAAGACCACCUUAGAGUGCCUAAAUGGGGACUAUGAGGUAGAACCAGGAUAUGGUCAUGAAAGGAACAGUUUCUUGAAGAAGCAUAAUAUUGAAACAUAUUUUAUUGUGCCAUCCCAUCGUAGGAAGAUAUUUCCUGGACUGAUUCUUUCAGACAUUAAGCCUGCCAAAAGAAUGAAGUUCAAGACAGUCUGCUACCUGCUUGUUCAACUCAUGCACUGUCGUAAGAUGUUCAAAGCAGAGAUCCCUUUCUCCAACGUCAUGACGUGUGAGGAUGACGAUAAGAGGAGAGCAUUGAGGACAGCCUCUGAAAAACUCAGGAAUCGUUCCUCUUUUUCUACCAAUGUUGUAUACAACACUCCAGGAACUCGAGUAAACAGAUACAUCAGCCGUUUGAUAGAGGCCCGGCAAACAGAGUCUGAGAUGGCUGACUUGAACUUCAUUACCCUGAAGUAUAAGCAAAUUGAACGUGAAAAAAAAUACCACCAGCUUCAGGAUGAGUACUUCACCAGUGCUGUAGUUCUCUCACUAAUUCUAGCUGCCUUAUUUGGCCUUGUCUACCUUCUAAUAAUACCACA